CUCGGCUGCCUCCACUUCAAUUCGAGGGUCGGCUCUACAUGAUUGAACGGUCCAGCAUUCACUGAAAGUUGACUGCUGUGCGGUCCUUUCCAUUCACCUUCACCUUCAAUUUCAUGGUUCAGUGAACCGUCAAAACUCGAAUCUUUUUUUCUCGAUCUGAUACAAUGAUCAAAGACUACCAACCGAAGCUGAUAUGGGCGAUCAUUGAAGCAGAUACGGCUCAACAUCCCGACCACACGAUCUUUCUCAGUUCGGGGCGAAGGUUGCUACAACGGAUGGCUCUCUCGUUGCUUCCAAGCUUCGUCCAGAAGAAGCUCCGUCCGGGUGUCGUGAAACCUCAGCGAUUACAUCCAACCUCUUACCUCGAUGGCUUACGCGGGGUAGCUUCUUUCGUUGUGUUUAUGGGACAUUAUACAGAAGAGAAUUUAGGAUGGUAUACUGAACCAUAUGGGCUAUACGAAGAUGGAGCACCCUCGUCGCCAUUACAACUUCCGUUUCUACGGGUGAUAUACUCUGCUCGCCCGAUGGUUCAUAUAUUCCUCAUUAUCUCUGGAUUCGUCCUUUCAUAUAAACCGCUCAAACAGAUACGCUCGAACCAAUACUCGGCAUUGGCCAAUACACUCUCAUCUUCGGUAUUUCGACGAGCCCUCCGCCUUUUCCUUCCUUCCUUUGUAACCUUAUUCCUCAUGGCUGUUGCCCUCAACUAUGGCAUUUCUGACGACAGAUACGCCGAACGAUACUUUGACCUUCCUUCACAACUACGUCAUGUCUGGAAUACAUGUUCGCAGCUCCUUGGAGCAUCUUGGGCGAUAGACGAUCUUUCGUACCCACAACCCGUUUACAAUCCUGCGCUAUGGACGAUACCUGUCGAGUUCUCGCAGUCACUUUUACUUUUUGUCGUCAUUCUUGGCUUGUCUCGAUGUAUUGCUAAUUUGCGAUUACUCUUACUUGCUGGUAUCUCAUGGUUCUGCUUCUACAGUGGGCAGCUUUACGCCGUGGAAUUUCUUGGUGGGAUGUUUAUUGCAGAGCUCACCCUCAUCCAGGACGAGACCCUUAUGACACCGGUGUCUAGUCCAACACUUCCAGUUUUCAACUUUGGAGAGAAGCCGAGACAGGUAGAUUGUGGGAGUACACUCAAACAGAAGUUCAUGCAAGCAUUUUGGGCUGCAAAUGUUGUUAGCGGCCUGUUUAUUGCUUCCUGGACGAACGACCACAUCGAGGAGGUUUGGGGAUUGUCAUUCUUGAAUGCGCACACCCCAGAGCCAUACGACGGGCAAAAAGUCUGGUUUUGUUUGGGAGCUUUCCAGAUCGUGGCAGCAUGCACUCAACUCCGUUGCUUACAGUCGAUCUUUAACACUUCAGUCGCGCAGUACCUGGGCAGCAUUUCCUACGCUUUGUACCUGACGCACAACCUGUGUCUCACAACACUGGAACCGAGAUUUGUUCCGAUCAUCGAUACAUUCUUCAGCAAGGCUACAUUCUGGGGUAGGCAUUAUGCAUGGUUGGCGGGCUUGGUCAUUUACCUUCCGAUCAUCAUCUUCGUCGCGGAUCUGUUCUGGCGGGCAGUCGAUACGCCGACAGUGAAGUUUGCGAAGUGGUUUGAAUCAAAAUGUGUAGUAGAAAAGAGACCAUAGAUUUCGGUCACUGUAUGGGCAUUGGAUA